CCGCUCCCCUCAGCGGCGUCUGGCCGGUGAACCCGUCCUCACGCAAGCGGCCAGGACCCGGGGAGGAAGAGGAAAAGGAAAAGGAAAAGGAGGAGGAAGAAGAGGAGGAACGGGCGCCGGCGCCGCUGCCAUGGCCGCGCGCCGCGCGCUCCUCGCCGCUGCUCUGGGCCUCGCCGGCCGCCCUCACCUUCCCCGUCACCAUGCUCCGGCGCGGCCCUGCGCGGGCGCGGGGGACCGGGCGGAGGCCGAAGGGCGCAGCGCCAUGCUGCGGCACCUGCUGCUCAAGGUGCGGGCCACCGGGCCGGUGACGGUGGCCGAGUACAUGCGGGAGGCGCUCACCAACCCCGGCCAGGGGUACUACACGCGCCGCGGCGGCAUCGGCGAAAGCGGGGAUUUCAUCACUUCGCCUGAAAUAAGUCAGGUGUUUGGAGAGUUAAUAGGAAUAUGGUACAUAAGCGAAUGGAUAGCCACGGGCAAACCUAAAGCAUUCCAGCUGGUGGAACUGGGCCCAGGGAGAGGCACGCUUGCUCAUGAUAUAUUACGGGUCUUCAACCAGCUUGCCUCUUUACUUAGUAAAUGUGAUGUCUCUAUUCAUCUGGUAGAAGUGAGUCCCAAGCUCAGCGAGAUCCAAGCGCUGAUGCUGACAGGAGGGAAGCUGCAGUCAAGCCCCAAGGAUAAGUCUGCUUACAUGAAAGGUGUUAGCAAGACUGGAAUUCCCAUUUUCUGGUACAGAGACAUUCAAGAUGUGCCACAAGGUUACAGCUUUUACUUAGCACAUGAGUUUUUUGACGCCCUGCCAAUACAUAAGUUUCAGAGAACAGAGAAAGGCUGGCGUGAAGUAUUGGUUGAUAUAGAUCCAGAAGUCCCUGACCAGCUGCGGUUUGUCCUGUCACCCUCCAGUACCCCUGCAACAGAAAACUUUAUUCAGCCUGAAGAAACGAGAGAUCAUGUGGAAGUGUGUCCUGAGGCUGGUGUCAUCAUCCAGAGGCUUGCCUGUCGCGUAGAAGAGGAUGGUGGGGCCGCACUGGUUGCUGAUUAUGGGCAUGAUGGAACCAAAACUGACACUUUCCGGGGUUUUCAGAAUCACAAACUUCACGAUGUGCUGAGAGCUCCAGGUACAGCAGACCUGACAGCAGAUGUUGAUUUCAGCUAUCUUCGGAAGAUGGCACAGGGAAGAACAGCCACAUUAGGCCCCAUAAAACAGCGGGAGUUUUUAAAAAACAUGGGCAUUGACCUCCGAUUGCAGGUGCUCUUGCAGCAUUCACGUGACCCAGCAACUCGUGAGCAGUUACUUCACAGCUAUGAGAUGCUGAUGAAUCCCAAGAAGAUGGGGGACUGUUUUAACUUUUUUGCCCUGCUGCCUCACCACAGACUUGUACACCCUGACAAGAACCAUCGGCCAGACUCCGAGCCUCCCCUUCCACCUGUCGCUGGAUUUGGUGAACUCCGACUGAAGUAAUUUCAAAUACUGCAGCAAAAUAUCUGAUAGUAGAAGCUUUCAAUAGCAACUUGUUAAAUACAUAAAUAAAUGAAAGCAAAAGGAA